AUGAACGAAGGAAAGUUUUGUCAAGGGAAAGAUUGUAUAAAACCUGCUAAACUACAAUGUCCUAAAUGUUUGAAAUCAGAAAUUAAAGGCUCAUACUUUUGUUCGCAAGAAUGUUUCACGAAGAAUUGGGCUACACAUAAACUAUUACACCAAAAUAAAUCAACCAAAUUGGCCGAAAACUAUGUUAUGGCAUUUCCUUACACUGGUGACUUACGAGCUAUAUAUCCUCUUUCUCCACGAAGACUUGUUCCUGCUCAUAUUAAAAAACCAGAUUAUGCGGAUGAUCCAAGAGGUAUACCAGAAUCCGAAACAAAAAAUCGUAGUUACAUCCAAGUUUUGAGCAAUGAUGAAAUUGCGGCGAUGCGAAAAGUUUGCACGCUCGCUCGUGAAGUUUUGGAUAUCGGCGCGGCUGCAGUUAAACCCGGAGUUACAACUGAUGAGAUCGAUCGUAUUAUACACGAAGCAACUAUCGAACGUGAUUCCUAUCCAUCGCCUUUGAAUUAUUAUGAAUUUCCAAAAUCGGUUUGCACUUCAGUGAAUGAAGAUCGUCGAGAAUUACAAGACGGUGAUAUUGUUAAUUUAGAUGUAACUCUAUAUCAUGACGGAUUUCAUGGGGAUUUGAACGAAACCUAUCCCGUUGGAAAUGUGGACAAAGAAAGUCUGAAACUCAUAAAAACAGCAAAAGGAUGUCUGAAUAAAGCUAUCGAAUGUGUAAAACCUGGAUUUUUGUAUCGUGAUCUCGGCGUGGUUAUUGAAAAACAUGCAAAGGCUAAUGAUUGUUCUGUUGUUCGAACUUAUUGUGGUCACGGUAUUCAUAGAUUAUUCCAUUGUGCCCCAAACGUUCCACAUUAUACAAGGAACAAAGCGGUUGGAAAAAUGAAACCUGGAAAUGUUUUUACAAUCGAGCCAAUGAUAAAUCUUGGCACAUAUUACGAUAGACUUUGGCCCGACAAAUGGACAGCAGUUACGGAAGAUGGUAAACGCAGUGCACAAUUUGAACAUACUUUAUUAGUCACUGAAACUGGUGUCGAAAUUUUGACAGCAGGAAUAGGUGAAAGACGAUUCUAUCCCGAACAAUGA